CGCGGUGUACAGUAUGGGCAGGGCGACUGAGUCAGGCAGUAAAAAUCAUGGACAAGUUCGAUAAAACAAGUGAAGAGCCAAAAGCCAUUUUCCGUUGCUGGAAAUGCAGAAAAAUUGUAGCAAAUUCCGAUUGUCUUAUCAAGGACCCAGCAAGUAAAGAAUACCAAGGCUGUUUUGAGUCUUCUAUAUAUCAUGGAGAAUGUCAUUUAUGGCAUAUGGAUGUUGAAGAAAUUCCAGACUGGAUGAAAAAAAGAGUAGAACAGGUUCACUGGACUGCUGGCAGACUGAACUGUCCUUACUGCGGCUCACGCCUCGGGGUUUUUAACUUUGUUGGCAGCCCAAAAUGCUUCUGUGGACAGACUUCAUUUAUACAUCUAAGCAAGAGCCGGAUUGACUAUGAUACAGCACAUUCGACCAGUUCAGUUAGCAAGAGUCGGCAAGUAACCAAAGCUCUUCUAUUUUUUAAUAAGGAUACCAGAUAUGGCGUUAAUGGAAACCAAACAACGUUGACUAUGGAUUUAAAUGAGGUUCCAGCAGAAAGAUUGGCUGAGGCACUUUGCCUGGAAGUCCCAAGAACGACCAGGCAUACAAUACUGAGAAGAACAAAACUGCCUCUCGACAAUUUUAGUCCGACAAGAUAUUCAAAUUCAAAGAGCAAAGGUGUUUUUAGGAGUACUCACAGUUCCCGUAAGAAAUCAUAUAGUUUGGAUUGCAACAAUGAAGUGCAAUUGGAGAUACCACCAGUUCAAAACACUGGACUUAAACAUUUUAGCUCCAGUGCUGGAUGUUCCAACAGUGAGUGUUUCAGGAAACGUAACAUUAAAGAUCACUGUAGGAAUGGCGAUGAGGAAGCACCUGUGAGAUCUUCAGUAUCUACAGAUCCAUAUAGUAGCUUCUCAGUGCUGAGACAUCCAACAACCCAGAAUAGUAAUACCAUUCAGUUUUUGGAUUUCAGUCCUCCUUCAGAUUUAACCACCACAGAAGACUUUGAACAGCAGGAGCCAGAGUUUUUUUCUGAAGUUGAGCAACCUAGUCCCACCAGCGUUGAUGAUGUCACCCAAAGGUUAACUAAGAGAGAAAUAAACAAAUUAAAAAACAUCAGGAGAAAACAAAAGAGGAGAGAAAAGUGGCUGCAUGAACAGAACCAGACCAGUAAAGUGAGUCUAAGUGCAGAGGAUGACAGUGAGCUUAUAAAAGAGAAGGACAGCUACACAUGUGCAGUAUGCCUAGAUGUGUAUUUUAACCCUUACAGGUGCUACCCCUGUCAUCACGUGUUUUGUGAACCAUGUUUGCGGACACUUGCCAGAGACAAUCCAUCUAAGACUCCUUGUCCGCUUUGUAGAACAGCAAUUGCAAGAGUUUAUUUCCAAUCAGACAUCGACAAAUCAUCCGUUACUUUAUUCCCAAAUGAAUAUCACAGAAGAAAGCAAAGUUUUCAAAGAGCAAAUUGUGCAAAAUGGCCUUUACCCAGCUGCAACAGAAUGAUCAGAGUGUAUGGAGGCUUCAGCAGGAGCACCAAUUCUGUCGCAAGAAGGCAAUUUCCUCAUGGUGCGCAUCAGCUGGACUCUAUGAGUGUGGAAGAUGAAACUCACGGGUGGAGAUUUGACCUGGAUAUGGUCAUUAUAUACAUUUAUUCUGUCAACUGGGUCAUUGGAUUCAUUAUAUUUUGUGUUUUUUGUUAUUUCUUAUUUCCUUCCAUUUAAUAUAGUGCUCAUUUUUUUCAUUACUGAUGCUUUUGAGAAGUGAAGGAUUUACGCAUUAUAACCAUAAACCAUGGCACGGAUGUACAACUCCAGGCCUCGAAGGGCUGCAAACAGGACAGGAUUUCCCUACCUCGAAGAAAUGUAGUUUAAUAUUUAAUUGAGAUGCCUGUGCUUAAACUGGGAUAUUAAAAAUGUAUAACCUGUUUAUGGCCUUCCAGGACUGGAGUUAUGCACUCUUGAACCACCAUUCUGUGCAUCUUAGAAGAAUUAUUGAACCUAUGCAAAUAACAAUCAUUUUGUACAGUGUUUUAAGCUUGUAAUACAUGGAUCCUCUGAUAGCAUAUUCAACAUUAUGGCGGAUCACAUUGUUAUGUGGGUUUCAAGAAAAAUGUCUCCAUUUACCAUUUACCUGUACAAUAUAUUGUUUUGCCUUGAAAUAGAUAUAUUGUGUCACUGAUGGGAAAUCUAUUUUGCUAGAUCAUAAUACUGCUUUUGAUAAAUUAACCAUUAUU